GGUUGUUGUCUGCUCCUCGAUUUCCCUGGCAGGCGAGAUAGGGCUGGAGCAAGCGAGAUAGGGCUAGGUGUGAGCGAGAGACAGAGAGACCUGUUAUCAGAGGAAAGACCAGAAAAAAAUAGAAAAAACUCCGAAGAGCGCGCCGUCGCAGUUGUUGUCGUCGGCAGUGUCGCAAGUGCAACUCGCAAUUCGCAUUUCUGCGUUGCAACAGCAACAAGAGAAGCGGCAAACGUGCGUGCCAUAUAUACAUGCCCACCACAUAUAUACAGUGCCGGCGGAAAGUGUAUUCGUGUUUGUGAGUGCAACGUGUGCCGGCCUUUAAGACAACGAAAAAUCCGCCAAGUCUCCGAAACAAGUAAAAAUCGCGCCUGAUAAUCUUGUGUCUAAUGAAAGCAGAUGUUUUAAAAAAGUAUAAUCUACUUUAACACAGAUUUCGCGGGUCGUAAUACGGAAAAUAAACAAACAAAAAGAACAACAAUAACAAAAGCAUCGGCAAACAACCAAGUUUUUCGCGAAAACCAUUAACAUUUUCAGCCUCAAUCACAGCGACGCAUUUGUAGAUGUGAGAAAGAAAUUAAAUAACCGAAACAAACAGAGCGAACGCGGACCAAAACGACAGCCAUAACAAACAAAUCAAGCGAAAUUCGGCAUUUAAAAUCCAGACAUAAAAAAUGUAAUGGAAAGCAUUAGUGCUCAUAAAAAAUGGAUUUACACAGCCUUUUUAAGGCCAUCCUGAUCCUGUAUGUCCUGAGAGCCGAGUCCAGCCAGUUUGUAAAUGGACUGGAUCUACAGGGACCGAUUUUUCUCCAUGAGCCACCGCAUCGCGUCGAGUUCUCCAACAAUUCGGGCGGACUCAUAGAAUGCUCCGGCGAUGGCAGUCCCCCGCCGGAGGUGGAAUGGACCCCCAUCCCGCCGCAGCAGGACAUGGUGUUCCAGCUCUCCAACGGCAGCAUGAUGUUCUACCCCUUCACGGCCGAGAAGUACCGCCACGAGGUGCACGCCACCGUCUACAGAUGCAAACUGCGCAAUUUGGUCGGCACGGUGCUCAGCCGGGAGGUUCAUGUGCGCGGCGUCGUCAACCAGAAGUACGCGGUUCAGGUGCACGACGAGUACGUGAUGACGGGCAACACGGCGGUGCUGAAGUGUCAGGUGCCCAGCUACAUGUCGGAGUUCGUGAUAGUCACCGCCUGGGUGCAGGACACCGGGAUGCAUCUGUAUCCGAACACGGACAUCGGCGGCAAGUACACGGUGCUAUCGAACGGCGAAUUGUACAUAAAUAAUGCGGGGCCCAAUGAUGCGUACAAAAGCUACACAUGCCGCACUGUAAAUAGACUGACAGGUGAAAUACAAAUUUCCACAUAUCCCGGCCGCAUUAUUGUAACAGAGCCCAAGGGCAUGGUACAGCCGCGCAUCAACGUGGAGAAGCAUUCGAUGCGGCAUGUUGUCCUUAAUGGCCAAACAACGUUGCCGUGCAUAGCUCAAGGACAUCCGGUGCCAACAUAUCGGUGGUUCAAGGAGGAGAACGAGCAACUGCUGCCACUGCAACUCAGCGAACGCAUCACCAUCGUAUCCGCCGGGCUCCUCAAAAUCACCAAGGCACGUCUCGAGGAUAGUGGAAAAUAUUUGUGCUGGGUGAACAAUACGGCGGGCGAGGAGACCAUCCAAGUGUCGCUAACGGUGACAGCUCCUUUGACGGCACACCUGCAGCCACAGGUGCAGACGGUCGAUGUCGAUAAGGAUGCGCAAUUCCAAUGCAUUGUCUCUGGCCAUCCGGUCCACGAUGUCAACUGGCUGCACGACGGCAAGCCCAUCCUCAGGGACAAUCGCGUUGAGAUCCUCACCGAUCCACCCCGGCUGAUCAUUAAAAAGGUGCAAAAGGAGGACCCCGGCAUGUACCAGUGCUUCGUGUCCAACGAAUGGGAGCAGAUCCAAUCGACCGCCGAGCUGCAGUUGGGCGAUGCCUCGCCGGAACUGCUUUAUUGGUUCUCGGAGCAGACGCUGCAGCCGGGCCCCACGGUGUCGUUGAAGUGCGUGGCCACCGGAAAUCCACUGCCUCAAUUUACAUGGUCCCUGGACGGAUUUCCGAUACCAGACAGCUCGCGCUUUUUAGUGGGUCAAUAUGUUACCAUCCACGACGAUGUCAUCAGCCACGUGAAUAUAUCAAAUGUCAAGGAGGAGGACGGCGGGGAGUACACCUGCACGGCCCAGAAUGCAAUCGGCAAAGUCUCGCACAGCGCCAAAGUGAACAUCUAUGGAUUGCCUUACAUACGCGAAAUGCCAAAAAUAACCGGGAUUUCUGGCUCUGAUUUGAUUGUUAAAUGUCCCGUGGCUGGUUACCCCAUCGAUAAAAUCCACUGGGAGCGAGAUGGCCAAACACUGCCCAUAAAUCGCAGGCAGCGUGCCUACAACAAUGGCACCUUAAUUAUCGAGCAACUGCAGCGCCUCGAGGAUGCGGGAACCUACACGUGCAUGGCGCAGAACAAGCAGAAACAAACAUCCCGCCGGAAUGUGGAGAUCCAAGUGCUGGUGCCUCCGAAAAUCAUGCCCAUCCAGGCGAUGACGAACAUGCUCCGCGAGGGAAUGCGCGCCGCCAUCUCCUGCCAGAUCCUCGAGGGCGACCUGCCCGUCAGCUUUCGCUGGGAGCGCAACGGGAAACCGCUGAUCGGCACUGGCAAUGAGGUGUUCCGGCGCCUGGACGAGUACUCGGCCAGUUUGGUCAUCGAGCACAUCUCCUCCGACCAUUCGGGCAACUACACCUGCAUAGCGAGCAAUGUGGCGGGCACCGAGAGAUUCACCGUGCCCCUGACCGUGAAUGUGCCCCCCAAGUGGAUCCUGGAGCCAAAGGAUGCCAGCGCCCAGGCGGGGGCGGACGUGCUGCUCCACUGCCAGUCGUCGGGCUAUCCCACGCCAACCAUCACCUGGAAGAAGGCCAUUGGACCCACGCCCGGGGAGUACAAGGACUUCCUCUACGAGCCCACCGUGCAGCUCUUCCCCAACGGAACCAUCUUCUUCAAGAAAAUCAGCAAGGAGUCGCAAGGUCAUUUUCUCUGCGAGGCCAAGAACAAUAUUGGUUCGGGCGUGAGCAAGGUCAUGUUCCUCAAAGUUAAUGUGCCCGCCCACUUUCAGACGAAGACGAAACAGAUUUCGGUGGCCAAGGGCAAGCAGGUCCAUGUGCAGUGCAACGUGCAGGGCGACAAUCCCAUCGACUUCAAAUGGAAAAUCCAGACAACGCAACAGUAUCUCGACGAGUCGCUGGAUUCCCGCUACACAAUAAGAGAUCAAGAGCUCGACGACGGAAUGGUCUCCGAAUUGGGCAUUUCGCACACAUAUCGCCAGGAUACGGGCAUUUAUAUCUGUCAGGCGAGCAAUGCAUUCGGACAGGACGAGAUGUCCAUCCAGCUCAUCGUGCAGGAGGUGCCCGAGCAGCCGAAGAACCUCCGCAUCAACUCGCAGCAGUCGCGCAGCCUGCAGCUCACCUGGAGCCAGCCCUUCGCCGGCAACAGUCCCAUCGAGGAGUACCACAUCUACUACAAACAGAUAUCAGACAUUUGGCAAAAUGCGGAGCACCUGACCAUCGCCGGUGCCCAGACCGUGAUCAACAUCCAGCAGCUGCGUCCGGCCAAGGCCUACCACAUCCGCAUGUCGGCGGAGAACAAGCUGGGUGCCUCCGAGUUCUCCGAGGUGGUGCAGGUGACCACGCUGGAGGAGGUGCCCUCGGGUCCACCGCUCACCGUGCGGGCCGAUCCCAAGAGCUCCACCGAGGUCUUCGUGACCUGGGAUGCUCCGGAGCGGGAUCACUGGAACGGCAUUCUGCUGGGCUACUACGUGGGCUACCAGAUGUCCCUCACGCCGGAGGACAAGGAGGUGAAUCCCACGCAGGGCUUCAGCUUCAAGACCGUCGAGGUGCGAUCCCAUUUUGGCGGGGAGACGGUGCUGGCCAACCUCAACAAGUUCACCCAGUACCAUGUGAUUGUCCAGGCCUACACCAGCCAGGGCAGCGGACCGCCCAGCAAGGAGAUUUCCGUGCAAACAAUGGAGGACGUUCCCUCAUCCCCGCCUGAAUCGCCGCAGUGCGAUGUCCUGGGCUCCACAUCGAUUUACAUCACCUGGUCACCGCCGGACAUUGAUGGCCAAAAUGGGAAAAUCAAGGGCUACAAAGUGUUUUACAUAUCGGUGGACGAGCUCUACGAAACCGAUCCGGAGGUUGUCAAGUCAACAAAUCAAUACGUCACCAUCGAGAAUCUGCGCAAAUACACCAACUACACGGUCUGGGUUUUGGCUUACACCAAAGUAGGCGAUGGCAUGAAAACCAAACCGUUUUAUUGCCGCACCCACGAGGAUGUGCCCUCCGCCCCGCAGGCCAUUAAGGCGAUACCCGCGUCGAGCUCGAAAAUCAUUAUAUCCUGGCUGCCGCCCGACCUGCCCAACGGUGACAUUACUGGCUACACCUUCUACAUGUCCAUGCUGGAGGGCGGCCGCGAGGAGGGCACGCACAAGCGCCUCCUCGGACCCUUUGUCGAGAUGCACGAGACGGUGCGCACCCAGGAGUCGGCCACGUACCAGUUCUGGCUGACUGCCUCCACCAAGAUGGGCGAGGGCGAGAAGACGCAGGUGGUCACGGUGCCGCCGAACAACAAGGUGCCCGCCCGCAUCGUCUCCUUCAGCCAGCGCAUAGUCACGCCCUGGAAGGAGCAUCUGGAGCUGCCGUGCCGCAAGGUGGGGGCUCCGGCUCCGGUCACCAUUUGGCGCCAGGAUGGACACAAUAUGGAGACGAGCGCCCGCAAGACGAUAGCCAAGAACGGCACCCUCUACAUGAAGGAGUGCCAGGCGAGCGAUGCCGGUAAUUACACCUGCAGUGUGGAGAACACCUGGGGCAAGGACGAGAUAGUUUACAACAUAGUGGUGAAGGUGCCACCCGAAGCGCCCAAUCUCACGGUGAUAAAUGCCUACACGGACAGCCUGCUGCUGGAGUGGAUGGACAAUAGUCAUGGCGGUAGUCCCAUCCUGGGCUAUGUCAUCAACUACAAACGGGACAAUGGCGAUUGGGAGGAGCUGCAGGUGGACUCCAAGACCACGUCGCACCUGCUCACCAACCUGUGGUGUGGCACUCGCUACCAGCUGUACAUCACGGCCUACAACAAGAUUGGAACGGGUCUGCCCUGCGACAUAGUCAACUCCUACACCAAGGGCAAUCCCCCCGUGCAGCCGAAGCACUCCCAGAUGAUCACCAACAAUUCAACAAGCGUCACCUGCUGGCUGGACUCCUGGGGAGAUGGUGGCUGCGGCAUCCUGUACUUCAUGAUCGAGUCGAGGGUUUACGGACGGACCUCGUGGGCGGUGGUCUCCAAUCACAUUCCGCCGACGGAAAGGAUUUUCACAGUGAGCGAUCUGGUGCCCGGCACGAAGUAUCAACUGAAAGUCACGGCCCACAAUAAUGCCGGCUCCACAACGGCCAUCUACAACUUUACCACGUUGUCCACUCAAGGAGUGAUGUACAACAACGACCACUCCACACCUGUCUCCCACCUGAGCGACCUGCCCUUCUAUGCCAACUUCAAGCUGCUGCUGCCCAUAUGCUUUUCCCUACUGAUGCUGCUGGCUUUGAUUGGAGCCGCCUUGUUUCUCAGGAAGCGAAAGCUAAGUAACCAGGCGCGCCUGGCCAGCUCCUCGAUGUCGGAAUCGCCCUCGCUGGCCAACCUGCAGAACAAGCAGAAUCGGGAUCAGCAGUACUUGGCCGUGCGAUGCAAUCCGGGGACCUCCGCUCCUCGGGGAUCCAACUCCAAUGAUUCCGGGAGCUUCGGCAAGGCGGAGGGCAACGAGUACAUCGAGGACAUCUGCCCCUAUGCCACCUUUCAACUGAACAAGCAGACCUAUAGCGAGAGCUCCUACAGCGGCAAUGUGUACAGUGGUCCCUACCACUCGGUGCGCGGAUCCUUUGUCUACCACGAUGUCAAGCCGGAGAGCUAUCACUCCAAGGAACCGGAGUACACUAAGGUGCGCCGAAAAGUGGGUCGUCUCAGGGAUCCCCAUUCCGAAAGCCAAGAAUCGGACAAUCCAGGUUCAACAGAUUCCGAAGUUAGGAAAAUCCUAACGCUUCACAUCCCAAUUACAGAAUAUGACACACUCGGCUCCGAGUCCGACAAUGAUGUGUCUGCACGCGCUCUAAACUCGGCCAAGUAUCGCGCUCAACGUGAUACCCAGGAUGAGACUUCGUCCUCCUCCGAGACCACGCCCACUAGCAUGACCCGCAAGUCGAAGCCGCCCUUCGCCGCCCGGAAGGCGGGCAAACCGGGGACGAGCGGCAAGCGGCACGUGCGAAGUUCCAGUGGCUAUUCGAGCCACAACGAAGAAACUACUUUUAGCAUAUCCAACUAUCCACCAAACUAUCAGGACCACAUAAAUCCACCAGCUCGUUUUUCGGAUGCCAACGACAAGACGAAGACCCAGACGUCGCCACGAAUGCGUGCCAAUCAGAAACUACACCGGGAGGCUUUCCAGAUAAAUGUCUAGGGCCCCGCCCCCCGGAAGGGACUUAAUUUUAAAUCUAAUCUUAAACUGAAUGUAAAAACGGAUAUGGCGCAAAACGACGGUGUAAUAUUUGUUGUAAAUCCACCCGAAAAUGGGGAAACAAAUUCGAAAUAACCCAAAAUCGUAUUGAAAUCGCGACAGACUUGACGGAAGCCUAACUAAUGAGGGGCAGUAGGUCCACAAACCAUUUCAACUAUUUACAACAGAGCGGACAAGAGAUGACAGCAGGCAGGCAGGCAGAAUCGAAUAUAACGAAAUUUCAGAGGAUAGUUUCAGUUUUUGCGAUCGAACGGAUACAGCACGAGAAAUAAACCAUAAGACUUAUUUACACACUGAUUAUGCUUAGUUGUACUUGAAAAGCUGCGUGAGUGUAAUGAACAUAAAACUAAAAUAAGUUGAGGUAUUCGAGGAGGCGGGACGGAUAUAAGUAAAUUAAUGUUAUAGAUCCUAAAUUAAGCAUUUAAUGUAUGUAUGAUAAACCGAACUGCGGCAGGCCGCAGAUGUGAGAUGUGGGGCGAGAGCAGAUACAACUUAUAGUACUAUAUCCGCAUAACAAUACUAUAAACGGACGGCCUUCGAGCUAAGCGAUAUUCGAGAAUUACCGGAAAACCUUUGCAUUUGUAGUGAAUUAUGAGCAUUUCGUUGAACUGCAUUGUUUGUUUCCAUUGACCCAGUUUUGCAUCAGUUUGUAAGUGUUUGCGACAAGAAUACUUGACAACUGUUAGCUAGUUACUUAAAUGAAUUAAAUUAAUUUACGGGGAUACAAUAACACGAAUGCAUUCAGAUAGUUUAUGAAACUGUUGUACAUAGCUAAGCGUCAUACAUUUACUUCUAAAAUCGUAUUAUACACGAAGGAAUAAUGAAACCAGGAGCAUAAGAACGUAUUAAAUGUUAGUGGACGAUAUUACCGAAAGCCAAACCAGCAUGCAUUUCCAUAAGCCGAAACUAAGCGACCGCUCAAACUAGACAACUACCGACCCGAUACAGACAGAUAUAUUUCACGGAUAUAUCCGACAGAUAUAGCCGAAUAUUUGCCAAAUAGCAUACACAUCCGAUACACAGACACCGCUCCUGUACCAUACACCAUAUAGACACGCGUAUAUAUAACUCUAUUUUCCAAUAGCUACAACGACAAACAACCAAGCAACCAAUUACAUGACAAUAUGACACAAGUACAUGCAUAUAAAAAGCAUUAACAUAUAAAAACCAAAGAUUGUAAACGUAACUCCAGUCGUGGAUGAUAAACUUAUAAAGUUGAAGUUGAACGAAUUAAUUAGAAUCGAUAACACACAUUUGACGAGGCAACUUUUCAGACUGCACAACAAAAAACCAAAGCAAAUUGUAGGCAUUUACUUCAACUGCAUUACUCGGUUGUAAAUUCGAAUAAAGGUGUUUUGGCACAUUGCGAUUAGGACAAGAAAAACUACAUAAG